AUGGCGGCUCGAUGUGGUAGGCCGUUGUGGCGGAGAAAGAGAGAGGAAGUAGAAAUGGAUCAUCCUGGGAAGCUCUUUAUAGGAGGCUUAAGUGCAGAGACCAGUGAAAAAUCUCUUAAAGCAGUAUUCGAGAAACAUGGUCCCAUAUUAGAAGUUCUUUUGAUGAAGAAUCCAGUAACCAGGAAGUCCAGAUGCUAUGCCUUUGUUACUUUUGUGAACCCUGAAGAUGCUAAGCAAACUAUCAUAGAUAUGAAUGGAAAGUCUUUGGAUGGAAAAAUAAUUAACGUAGAGCAAGCCAACAAAUCAACUUCUGAAAGUGGUGGUAAGCGGAGACCACCAAAAAACAGAGGCCAUUCAAGAAAUGUUAGAGGAGGAAAUGGAGGAGCAAGAGAGCGUCCCUCACGUGGAGGACACUUGGAUGAUGGUGGAUAUACUCUUAAUCUCAAUGUAAGUUCUUCUGGGGGACACUUUCCAGUUAAAAGAGCUCCAUCUUCAAGAAGUGGAGGUCCUCCUCCUAAAAAAGUUGCUCCUUCAACUCCAGCAAGAAGCAGUAGUGAGGUGGGAGGAAAAGGUCCGGUGUCACGUGGCAGAGUGCCACGCCGAGAGCCAGUCUCUUCUAGAAGAGAUGACUACAGGUCACGAAGAGAUGAUGGUUAUUCUACCAAAGAUAGUUAUUCUGGCAGAGAUUAUCCGAGUUCUCGAGACACCAAGGGUUAUGCUCCACCUUCUAGAAAUUAUGCAUACCGUGAUAUUGGCCGUUCUAGUUACCGGGAUGAACAUUCUUCUAGACGGUAUAGUGAUCGUGAUGGCUAUGGAAGGAGACGAGAUAGAGAUUAUUCUGAAAAUCGAAGUGGAGGCUCUUACAGAGAUGUGUAUACAAGUCAUGGGAGCUCCCGUGGUGCAUCACCUGCACUAGGGUCCUCUCGAACUUAUCGUGGAAAAAGUCACUAUGAUAAUUAUAACAGUGCACGAAAUGGUAAUGGUGGAAAUCGAGAAAGUUACUCAAGCAGCCGAAGUGAUACCUAUUCAAGGCGUCGUGAGCGUGGUGGCAGACAAGAACGAGGUCUUCCAUCUUCUGUGGGUAGAGUGUACCGUGUUCCUCGUGAAUCAUACAGUAGCUCAAGUCGUGGGGCUUCUGGAGGAGGUUAUGGGGGAAGCCGAUCUGACAGAAGAGGCCAACGCAGAUAUUGA